CUCAAAUCCUGUUAUUAACAAUUAUAUUUAUAAUCCAUCCCUAGUGUUGAGCGUUUGCCCUCCCCGUUAUUUUAGGCUUUGUAUAGAUUAAUAAAGUGAGAGGUGUGAUAUUAAAUUUCCCCUCGGUAUGUUCUGUCGGAUUUCCCAAGGCACUGUUUUUCUUAACUACAACUCCCACAGUCCCUUUAACUCUACUCAGACGCCAAAUGCAGAGCGUUCUUAUUUUCCCGCGCUGUUUGAUCUGUUAUUUCUUUCAGGCUCUUAUCUGUAAAUGAUAGUAGUGUGUUCAUUUUUUUCGAAACCGUGAAAUCUGUGUUACAAACUACUUUUAUUUAAAAUGACUACAGAUUAUGACCCUGCAGCUUUGCCAGAGCUGUUGAAACUGUAUUAUCGGCAUCUUUUUCCAUAUUCUCAGUACUUUCGUUGGUUGAAUUACGGUGGAGUAACUAAGAACUAUUUUCACCACCGGGAGUUCUCCUUUACUUUGAAAGAUGACAUUUAUGUUCGAUACCAGUCCUUCAGCAAUCAGAAUGAACUUGAGAAAGAGAUGAAGAAAAUGAAUCCAUACAAAAUUGAUAUUGGAGCAGUCUAUACUCAUAAGAGGACUUUGGAUUUGAGCAUCGCCUUUGGGUGUACUCUGGAAGGAGAGGGGUCCACUGUUGGGUGUGCGAUGAAGAUGCCAGGAAACUUUCUCAAACUGCACGCUCUGCUGUUGCAGAAUAUCUCAGUGUUGUCAAGAAAUACAGGAACAACUGCAGAGUGACUUCCCUAAACUCCGUAAUUCAACACAACGUUGGGAGACUUUCAGAAAGAGACUAGCAAAGCAGAAGGGAGGCCUGAAGAAAGGGGCUUAUGCUGACUUUGAGAUCAUGCUACAAUACUGCUAUCCUCGCCUGGAUGUGAACGUCAGCAAAGGUGUUAAUCACUUGCUGAAGAGCCCUUUCAGUGUUCACCCCAAAACAGGUCGUAUUUCGGUGCCAAUUGACGUGAAGGCUGUGGAUCAGUUUGACCCCUUUUCUGUACCAACCAUAAGCCAAAUUUGUCUUGAGUUGGACAAAUUGCUUCCUGAGGCAGAGCAAAACGAGAAAGAAGCUGAUGGUGACCUUGAUGUCAAACGUGUUGUUCGAGAGUACAAGAAAACCAGCCUUGCUCAGCCAGUAAAGAUAUUUGAACAGUUUCUGGAGAAAAUGGAACACUCCUGGAAAGGGGAACUUCAAAGAAGAAGUGAUUUGCAGAACGAUUUUUAAGCCAUCUUAAAGGAAUAUUUUUGUCCUGCACAGAUAUACAGAAUGACCCAGUAAAAGGUUGUGUCUGCAGAUCCCAGCAUGAUACAGUACUUGGACUUGCACCUGUUGUGUCUUGAAUGCACCAGUGCCUGAAUUACUGUGAUGGAACUCUUCAGGUGUGACGCUUAUAGUGCAGUUGUAGACCACCCUUUAUUACAUUUAACCAGAAUCUCUAUAUAAACUUUACUAAAUUCUAUAUAUUUUUGUACAAAAAAAUGGACUUACUCAUUUUCUUUUGUUGUAAUCCAAGCUGUUUUCUCUGGAUUCAGAAGUGCUUCGUCCCUCACUGUAGCAGUCAGAAUUUUUCAUUUUGGUAAGAUUGUAGCAGAGUUGUCCACUCAGACUGCAACAGCUGUUAAUAAAAAUGUUUUCAUCAGCUUUACAACUAAA